AAAAAACUUAAAUUUAUCAUAUUAACAGUAAUAUUAAAUCUCUAAUUAAUAUUAUACUAGCAGAUGUGAAAUCUAUGAAGGACUGUUAUCCAGCCUAUGAUCGCAUAUCUGCUGUAUUAACAACAAUUUCAGAGGAAUUGCCUGAUAUCCCUCUAUUUUUAAGUCUGCACAACCUCUGUGCUACACUAAAAUGCACUUCCCCGUCUGCUGUUAUUUUCUGCUCAGCUGUGAUCAAUGCAGGAUAUCAUAUUUCUGGAACUCAUGUUAAUCCACUGGGGCUAAAGUCAGAUGCUCCCAUGGAUGUAAUUUGGGACAUAAUGCGUUGUUGGGUCAAAAAUCAUCCAGUAAAAGCUCAGUCAGCUGAUCAGCCAGGAAGUGUGAUACUCUCCAGAGAACUAGUUCUUCAAGCAAAUUUUGCUAGGGCCGUUGCGUCUCUUAGCAAGGCACAAGCAAAGAAGGUUGCACACUUCCUUCCAAAUCCUGAGAGGCAUUGGGGCCCCAAGCUUAGGGCAGGUCGUCAAAUUACUAGCAAGCACAUCUCUCUUCUUGGGGCAGAUGUAGUAAAUGGAUGUGUUAACCAUCAAGAUAACAAUGAACAUGUUGGCAAACGUCAAAAGACCGAAGAUCGAUUAAAUUCUCAAGUACUACCAUCAGGUACUCAAGCUGGGCUUGGUGCAGAUGUAGUAAAUGGAUGUAUUAACCACCAAGAUAACGAUGAAAAUGUUGCCAAACGUCAAGAGACUGAAGCUCCAUUGUGUACUACUAUCAGGUGCUCAAGCUGAGAUCCAUAGGAAUCUGUUCACAUUUCCAUCAAAAGUUUCUUCUACUCUCUCACGUGUGAGAUUGGAAGGUUUAUGCAACCAUAUUGCAAGUUGAGGUUGAGUAAAACCUUUCCAUGGAGGUUUUGAAGCUACUCUCAGUGUGUUAUUUUUUUGGGGGAGAUCUUAUGUAAGAUGAUGAGACUUUUUUCUCAUUGCAAGGGAAAAAGAAGAAAAAAAAAAAAAAACAGGUUUUUUAA